UAAAAACUACUUCACCGCGACCUAUUGGUUCAAUUGAACACCGAUAAUCAAAACAAUGUCAUCCUUCUUUUCUACCCCAGGUUCUCUGAAGAAGCGCAAACGAUCAGAAGCAGCUACAUGCUUUGGUGGGGGAAAACCCAAAAAGCCAAGGGAAUCUUAUAAGAAGAAUGCGCCGGAAGAUGACGAUAUAUCAAGUGGUUCCGAAAGUGGUGAUCAAGAGGGGAAUAAGGGGGCACGAAGUGAGGAUGAAGAGGAUGAGGAUGAGGAGUUUGUUGGGGAAACAGUGGCAGAGAAGAGGUUAAGACUAGCUCAGCAAUACCUAAAUAACCUCCGAGCAGAAGUUGAUGAAGUAGGAUUUGAUGCAGCUAACGUCGAUCGCGAUAUAAUUGCUGAGCGUCUAAGAGAGAGCGUGGCAGAAGAGAAAGGUAAAGUUUACAGACAUAUCUCCUCACAGUUCUCCUUCGCUACCGCACAUUCUACCCUCUUCCGUAUGGAUUCCGGACCUACUACAGGCAUCGCGACAUGUUCCCCGUUCAUCUACACUAUCACUAAAGACGGCUAUCUCAUAAAGUGGGAACUCCCAGUAUAUCCGCACCCUCCUGCUACCGGCACAAACUACACAGUCUCGCAAAAGCCAAAACGAGUCACGUACGUUCGGGCCCGUCGCAAAGUGGAUGCGGACAGUUUCCAGGGCCAUACAGGGUCAAUCUUGUGUGUUGCGGCAUCGCAGGACGGAAAGUUUGUUGCAACCGGGGGACAAGAUACGAGGAUAGUCGUAUGGGAUACAGAACUUCUGAAAGCUUUGAAAGUCUUUAAGUUCCAUCGCGGAGCGGUGACUGGUCUCAUCUUCCGGCGUGGGACAAAUCAGCUGUAUUCUUGCUCUGCCGACCGUAGUGUUAAGCUAUGGAGUUUGGAUGAGCUAGCCUAUGUUGAGACGUUGUUCGGUCAUCAAGAUGAGGUCGUAGGUAUCACUGCGCUAGCCGGCGAGCGAUGCGUGACGGUCGGCGCCAGAGACCGUACAGCAAGACUGUGGAAGAUUGUGGAGGAAACUCAACUUGUGUUCCGUGGAGGUGGAGGAAGCGGUGGAACUGAGUCGAGAAAGCCCCGGAAAAACAAGGACGGGAGCAAACGCUACGAGGAAGGCACAAUCGACUGUGUGGCCAUGAUAGAUGAGGAGCACUUUGUUACUGGUAGUGAUAAUGGGGACAUCUCCCUCUGGUCCAUUUUCAAGAAAAAGCCCGUCCACACAAUCCAGCUCGCCCACGGCCUCCAGCAAACCCUCCUACCAGCCAAUCACACCGCUGAAUCCAACCCCACCGACCCACCACCAGAGCCAUGUCCCUGCUACGUCACUGCCUUAGCUGCAGUCCCCUAUUCGGACCUAGUCCUCUCCGGUAGCUGGGACAACCAAAUCCGCGCUUGGAAGGUCUCCGACAAGCGCAAACUCGAGCCUCUUGGAGCUCUCGGCCCCUUAGGCAAGGAUGCUGUUCGCGGGGUAGUCAAUGGGAUAUCUAUUGUUGAGCGUGGUGAGGGAGGGAAGGAGGUGCUGGCUGUAUGUGUCGGUACUGGGAAAGAGCUGAGGUUAGGAAAUUGGCUUAAGGUGGAUGGAAGAAAUGGAGGGUACGUUAUUGAGGUGGGUAGAAAGGAGGCUGGGAAGCCGGCUCUAGUCGAGCAAAGUGGAGCCGAUGGACCCGUAGGAGAAGCCAAUCUUGAUUAAGCCGGCUGAGUUUGAUCAACCCUUAAAGGGAUAGAAGGGCGAGUAUCUGUGUGAUACCAUGUAUUCGACAAACACAAAAGCAUGGGGAGCUAUUUGUAUAUAAUUACUUUACAAUAAUCUAGUUUUGGGCUUUAGCACCAAUGACAACAGUGGAGUACAA